CUCUCUCUCUCACACACACACACACACACGCACACACGCACACACACUCACAUAUGCGAAAGUGCGAAGUACAGACGGCGAGGUCUUCUCUCUCUUUAUCUUAGACAUUGACGGUGCUCGUUACCGAUCUCUCUCGCUGAGGCUCAAGUCCUCACUACCUGUUUACUCAGGCCGACAUACACUUACUCCAGCAUCUGGGGAGAGAUGAAUAAGAAGAACCCAGUCGUAUUCUUGGACAUAUCAAUUGAUAGGGAUCCUAUGGAAAGGAUUGUUAUUGAGCUUUUUGCCGAUGUUGCCCCCAGGACAGCUGAGAAUUUUCGGGCACUCUGUACUGGUGAGAAGGGCAUUGGAAUUACUACUGAGAAACCUCUACAUUACAAGGGAUCUAUAUUCCAUCGCAUAAUUAAGGGAUUCAUGGUUCAAGGUGGUGAUUUUUCUAAAGGAAAUGGCACUGGUGGAGAAAGUAUUUAUGGGGGGAAGUUUGCAGAUGAGAACUUUAAACUGGAUCAUACUAUGCCUGGUCUUCUCUCUAUGGCAAAUGGUGGUCCAAACACAAAUGGGUCCCAGUUCUUUAUAAUCUUCAAGCGUCAACCUCAUCUUGACGGGAAACAUGUUGUUUUUGGACAGGUUGUGAAAGGAAUGGAUGUUGUAAGGAAAAUUGAACAGUUGGGAACUGCUGAUGGGAAACCUUCUGCUAUUGUAAAAAUUGUAGAUUGUGGUGAAAUAUCUGAAAGUAAAAUUCAUGAUGCGGCUGUAGCAGAGAAAGGGAAAAAGAAAAAAUCAGGGAAAUGUCUUUCCUCUGAUGAUGAUCCCGAUGAGAAAACAAAAGGAAGACGCAAAAUAUCUCUCAAGGACAGAAGGAAGAAGAGAAAACGGAGAUACUCUUCAUCUGAUUCGUACAGCUCUGACACAGACUCUGAUUCCUAUUCUUCGGACACUGAUUCCUAUUCAGACUCUGAUUUGGAUUCUGAGUCAGAUUCCUAUUCUUCAAGUUCUUCCAGUGAUGGAAGGCGUCGGAAGAAAAGGAGAUCAAUGAAGAGAGAGAGGCACCAACAUGGAAAGAAAAGAAGGGGCGGACGAAAGGGGAGGACAAGAAGCGAGCGCGAUAAAAAAUCAAGGCGCAAGUCUAAAUUGAGUUCAGGGAGUUCCAGUGGCACAGAGAGUGGAGCCAGUAGCAACAGCAGCAGCAGCUCUGAUGAUGAGAAAGCCAGUCGUAAAGCUGCCCAUAAAAUCAGCAACUCAUCAAAUGUUCAAACUAAGAAGCUACGUCAGAGUCUUGAUGUAGCGGAUAAAUCUCCAAACCCUCUUCUAGGACAGACUGUCACUGGACAGCAAAAGGAUCGUGAGCUAAAGAUGACAGAGGGUAACUCCUCACAUGAAGAGGGUGAAUUUUCCAAGAAGGAUAACAAACUUUUGAAAAAUGUUAAUGGUAUUGAAGCUAAAGCUGAUAAAACAGCCAAUCAGCAUCAUUAUUCAGAUAAGUCGAGCAAAUCCAGAAGCUCGACACCAACCCCCAGAGGAAGACUGAUAUCCAACCGUCGGAGCAGUCCAAGCCCGAGCCCUAAAAGAAUUAUGAGGAGUCCCAGAAAUCACAAUGAUGGUGGUGCUCCAGAAAGAAAGUCUGAUCAGCAAAGCCCUCCACUCAAGGCCCCUCAAGCUUCUGCUUUGAAUCAUGGUCAGGGUUUGUCUAGAAGUCGUUCUCCAAAUGGCACUCCAAAGCGCAUUAGGAAAGGGCGUGGCUUCACCGAACGCUUUUCCUUCGCACGGCGAUACCGUACGCCAUCACCAGAGCGUUCACCUCAUAGGUCAUAUCGUUAUGGUGGAAGGAACUUUUAUGAAAGGAACCAUGAUAGGUAUUCAAGCUAUAGAACUUACUCUCAGCGCUCACCACAAAGACGUUAUAGAAGCUCACCAAGAGGCAGGAGCCCCCCAAGGUUCUCUCUCUCUCUUUCUUUCUCUGUGGAAUCUAUUAUGUUUUUCUGUAUCCUAUAGCCUAUGACAAUGAUAACUAAUCUGGAAACAACAAAAGGUCUGAUUUUAACUUAUGCACCCCUUCCUUCUUUGUCUACUUCUUUUCUUGCACCAAUAAAUGUUCCUAAUGUCCAUUUUUUAUAGCAAGGUACUAAUUUGCUGAAUUGUUUUUGUGAAAGCAGGUGCAGUGAUAAGUGGAUUGAAUUUUUUUUCCCUAUUAACUUCUACAAUUGUUCAUCCCAUGAUAAUUGGUCUCUCUGUUCACCAUUAAAUACCAGCAUCUCCUUCACAUUUUACACAGUAAUGUUUUUCCUCAAAAUCCCUGCAAUGGUAUGCUGCAUCAUUGUCCUCUCUCCCUCACUCUCUUCUUUUUUCCUAUUCCUCUCUCUUCUCUCUCUCUUUUUUAGUGGAAAACAGUUCCUUCUUCUAUUCACAGUUUACCAACUUCCUGUCUUAUGGUGGGAUUUAUAUAGUUGUGUCAUGUUAUUGGUUUGAAGAUUGGACCGGAUGGUUAAACUGCCAAAUUUGGAAACAGAUUGUAAAACCUGAAUGGUCUUGAAAAUUUUACAAAUUUUUUCUUGGUUUGAAAAAAUGGCAUUUUUGUGUAUGAAUACAGAAGCUGAUCUCACAUAAUAAUUUUUGAAAUCAGAUAUCCAGUACCAUUGUUUUUCUGGCUUUGUUGAUGAUUUUUUCCCCAACAAACUGAUUUGUUUAUCAUUGUUCCCCUCUCGUGUAGAUAUAGACGCAGGAGUCAAAGUAGGAGUAUUUCUCGUAGCCCAGGUGCUUACCGUGGUCGUGGCAGGGAUCGCAGCCGGAGUCCUGUACGCAGUUCUAGCCCUGUAGAUACCCGGCCUGUAAUGAGUGAUAAAUUAAGAUCUCGUCUUGGGCCUCGAGGUGAUGAUCAGCCUUCUCCUAACAGAGAGAGGUUGACUUCAAGAUCUAGGAGCCAUGGUUCAUCACGUUCUAGAUCUCCUAAUGCCACUCCAAGAAAGCGUCCUGGAAAAGCUGCAUCUCUGUCUUCCAGCACGUCAAGAUCCAGCUCCCCAGAUGGACAAAGGGGUCUGGUUUCAUACGGAGAUGUCAGUCCUGAAAAUGGGACGAACUAGUUUCAAGUUUUGGUCCAACCAUGGAGAGGGACUACGAUAUGCUUGCUGACUCUACUGUCUCCAGUUGUGCAGAAUGAGCUUUAUUUGCAAUAGAAAAGCCUGUCCAUUGGUUUUAUCUUGAUUUAUAGGAUUGUAACUUGAUUAGUUUGAUUGUGUUUUUGAUCGAUAGGCACUUUUGCAUCCUUCAGGAAAUUUCUGUCAUUGAAUUUAGUGAUAAUAUUUGUAUGUUACAAGUGAACUUGCUGCUUGCUGGUAAUGGAACCCUGGUUUAAC